UGACUGCCUCCAUGGCGACUGGCGAUAUGCCGAUCUAAAAAUCCUCAGCCUCUCCACCGAUUCCAAUCCUCUAUUCGAAGCUCUCCACAGUCAAUCCAAUCCAACUUCAUUUCCCCAACCCUCUCUGUCACGCCCCACCAUUUCCUGCAGCUACAAUCGAUAAGUAUCCUCAUGGAAGGAAAGCAACUAGAGGGAGGAAGUAAGGAAUCGACCCACCAGCAGCCAUCCCCUCCCUCCCAACUGGCUUCUCACCAAUCUCUUCAGCAGCAACAAUUCAUGAAAGGAGAUAUAGAGGAAAAGCAUUCAGAGGAAGAAGGUCAAGAUGCGAUUCAACAGCUUCAGGCUGAAGCGGCAGGUAUGCCAGAUCUGGCUUUGAAUCUUAAGGCAAUGAUUUUAUCAGAGCAAGGAUUGAGUUCAGUGCAAGUAGAUCAGAUUAGUAAAGAGGAAGAACUGGAUUUCUCUUUCUGCUUGCUAAUGAAAAUAGCAUGCACGGGAGGCACUCCAAGAAAUAUCACUAGACAGGUUUUACAACAAUCAAUGACUAAUGCUUGGAGGAAUAAAUACUAUGCCAUCUCUCAGGUUUCAAGUACUGUAUUUUUGGCCCACUUCAGAACCUAUGAUGAUAUGAUGGCCGUUUACACUAGUCAGCCUUGGGCAGUUGGAUCAGAUAUUCUACUUUUUGAAUGGUUUGAUCUGUAUGAUGAUGUUAAUUCAAGCGAAGACUAUAAGUUUGAUUACAUCUUUGUCACAAUUAGAGCCUAUGGCAUACCUAGACUGUGCAGAUCUUUUCGCUUGCUUACUGAUAUUCUGAACCAAGUCAGUACUGCUUCUGAAUAUCACAUUUUGCAAGAUAAUAUGUUGCAUGCUAGACAAGACUAUAUCUGGGGAGUUGCAAAAUUGAAGGUAAAUGCUCCAGUGAAAGACAAAAUCAAAGUUAUUUACCCAGAUAAAUCUGCAGGCAUUACCUUUUUGCACUAUGAGAGAAUUAAGAGAAUCUGUAUGUUUUGUGGUAUUAUGUUCCACACUGUUCAACAAUGUCCUAUUCGAACAAGCAUGCUAAAGGAAAGAUCCAGAAAAGGGCUAUCUGUUCAUGAUUUUCCAGCUCAAAGACUUGGUGAAUGGAUUAUAGAUGAGAGUCUCAUCCCAGCAGAAGCCCUUCAGCGAACUGCUUUUACAACUACUGGUUCACAGGCAACAGUCAAUCCAGUGCUUGCAAAACUUCAGAAACUUUUUGCUGAAGAUCCAAAAGGGAAAGGGAAGCAGAUAGAAGGAAAUCCAUCGUUGUACCAUACUUCUCAUCAGAGGCAAUCUGCGAUGGAGCAUGAUCCUUUAAUCUCUCCUCAGCACUAUGCCGCAUAUGCCCCGCCUCCCGUCCCUACUAUUUUUCCGCAGACCAGAAUGCCUCCCAAAAGGCCCAUGCCGAGCUCGGAACUGAUACAUCCUCAUCAAACAAAGAAAUCCACUAACCUACCACAGCAAGAGAUUCGGAGAGAGACCAGAGCACAUGAGAUUAUUAGCCAGACUACAGAAUCAUCUUUGAAUGCAGCUAUAUCACCUCAUCAAGUGGUUAAUCCGGGAGUUCACAUAAAGGACAAUAUUGGAAACUCUGCUGAUGACAUGGACAUGGAUCAAGGGGCGCUGGCGCCAGCCCUUAAGGUGCCACGGGCGCCAUGAGGACCCUAGGAUGGAAUUGCCAGGGCAUGGGCAAGAUCCUUGGUAGUUCAAAGAUGACUUAUCUUGCCCGAAUGAUGCACUCCACCAACCCACAAUGCCUUCGAGAAGAAGAGCUGGUGGUCUUUGGUUGAUGUGGAAUGAUGAGAUUCAGGUGUCUGUUCAGAAUUUCAGCUUUUACCUUAUCUUAGCUACUGCUACUAUUAAGGCAUCCAACCUUAAGUUGGGUCUUGUAUGUAUCUAUGGUGAUCCCUAUCAUCGCCAAACUAGUUUAAUCUGGGAGAAGAUUGCCUCUUUUGUGUAUGACAAUGCAAAUCUGCCAAUACUAUGCAUGGGUGAUAUGAAUGAGCUUUUGUAUGAUA